AUGGCGCUUGGUUCGGUCUACAACGUUUUAUUCAAACGAACUUCAACAUUUGCACUGACAUGCCUCGUUGGGGCCUUCGUCUUUGAGAGGUUUUUCGACCAAAUGUCAGACAGUAUUUUCGAGAGAAUAAAUCAGGGAAAACUGUUCAAACACAUCAAAAAGGCUGAUGCAGAAGGGAAAUAA